UGUGUAGUGUGUUGGUGCGUUUAAACUGUUCGCGAAGAAAGUAAAUGUUUUUAAGAAGCGGGGGGAAAAAUUAAAUAUUAGAGAAGAAGAAUAAAACCAUUCCGCCGGUUGUAGGUUGACGUGUUACAUCAGGACCCCGCUACUUCCGGCUCGGCAUAAACACAUUGCUCGGCUCUCUUAAGUUUACAGCAUGUCUAAAGUAACUUUUAAGAUUACUCUGACAUCGGAUCCUCGGUUACCCUACAAAGUACUGAGUGUACCUGAAGGGACGCCGUUCACAGCCGUGCUGAAGUUUGCAGCAGAAGAGUUUAAAGUGCCUGCUGCGACCAGUGCCAUUAUUACAAAUGAUGGCAUCGGAAUCAAUCCAGCACAAACAGCAGGAAAUGUUUUCCUAAAGCAUGGUUCGGAGCUUCGAAUCAUUCCCCGAGAUCGAGUUGGAGCGGGUCGAUGUCUGACGGCUGUCUGAACGAUUAGGGAUUACUCUUCAUCUUGAUUUACAAACAUGCUUGUGUAUUUAUUAUCCAGCCCUGAGGUGGUAAUGUUUGCUCCUUAUAUAACAGGAGCAGCAAAGACCAAUAUCAGUCACCCAGCCAUGUGGACUCCCCCUCCUCAGUGAUUCAUGCUUACCGGACAGAAGACUUCCAACAAAAAUUGUUUGUUCAUUAAUUUUUGAUAAAUACAAGUCAAUUGUUUUCCUCACAGCAGCUUAACCUUAAACUCUGCACGUAAUUCAUUUAGUUUUAUACUACAUUCAGUAUGUAAAUUAACCUUCUGUCUUCAUGUCUGCAUUGAGUCAGUAGCUUUAUGUCUGCGGUUUGUAACAUUUGAUCAGAUUAAAUCAAAAUUAUUUUUGUUAUAUCAGAGCUCUUAGCAAGUGGUCCACUUGUUCACAAAUCUACAUGAAAACAUGGCUCGCAGAAACAUUCUCUGCUUAAAUCAACAGCUUUUAUGAGAGAAAUUAAAUAUAAGUGGAUAAAUUCCAUUAUUAAAAAAUGUUUAGUGUUUUAAUGUUUCACAGUAUAUGUUCUGAAAGGUAAACACAUUAUUGUCAGGUUUCAGGAUUAAAAUAAAGAAAAAUGUCCGUCAAAAGAGCAGAACAGGAAUGAUGUUAUUGUUUGGGGGUGUUUGGGGGGUAACAGUGUAUGAUCUAAAUGCCUUUUGAUAAACAGGACAAGCCUACUCCAUACUGUAAUGCCUUUUUUCAUGAUGUAAGUAACAUUAUUGGCAUGAUCAUUUUAUGUAACCUUACCUUAGUAUUAAAUUCUAAAAGAACAAACGUC